AUGUUUCACACAAACAAUCUAAAACCAUACAAUGAUACAGCUUAUGGAAUGUUUCAUGCAAAUGAUUUUAACCGUGAUGGUAUAUUUGAACGAGUAGAAAUUAACUUCACAUUUCAAAUCUACGAUUCCAAUCCAGAGGACGGUCGAGUUAGUCAUGCUGAAUAUACUACUUACAUCAACUAUACAACACCAAAUCUCUACCCUUUAUCUAGUGAAUUAUACAAGAUAUAUGAUGUAGACAAUGAUAACCUACUAGAAAUUCAUGAUUAUGAUAAUUUCUUUAACCUUAUGGAUUCUGAUGAGGACCAACAAGUAACAGAACAUGAAUUUGUUAGGUAUUGGACUAUAGUAAGUUGUAGUAACUUACAUUUCUCAAAAAGAUCAUCUAAAAUCUUACAUUCAUGGUGUGCCUUUUUGUCACUCAUUCGUACAGAUUCAAAUGUCAAUCUGAAAGUAUUAUCAUACAUAAUUUACGAUUAA